CACUACUGCUUUUUGCUUCCACCCUUUUCUUACCGACAAAACCCCCAAAAGGUGGACCGAAGUGUCAUGAGCGGCUUUUUUUUCCGCCAAUACUCCUCCCUUGUGUUUACCUCCGCCCUCUCGCUCGCUCUCUCUCUCUCUCUCUCUCUCUCUCUCCCCCUCUCAUGCUGUGUCUGUUCGCUGACUUCUCUCAUUGACUCACUCCUCCCUGCUCCUACUGGCUGGCUGAGCGCGCUGACACUGGGACCACUACCUGCUGUCUAGGGAUUACGCAUGCUAUGAAUACCCGGAGUCUAAUUUGUUGUUUUGGCUGCCGGUGAAUGUUGGAUCCCCACAGAGCAGAAGCUGGAGCAUAAACCCUUGUAGCCAGCAGGACUCAGGGAGCAUCUCUGGACCAAGACAAGACAGAGGCGGUAAAGAAGCGACUGGAUGGGUGCCUGACAGAGCGCGUAAAAGAGAGACGAGAAAACAGGGCAGGAAGGAAAGGACAGGACAAGUUGUUUGCAGGAAAGCAGAAGAAGCAAAAUUACCCCGAGUCUUACUAUGAUCAGGAUCCAUUGAGAACCGUUGCCUCUUAUCAUUAGGCUGGGAUUUUCUGUCAGGGUGCUGACAUGAGGGAAGAAAGCCCAACAAAUCUCUGCCUCAAGCUUCUAGAUUGCUUUCUGAUCGCACACAGGGUUCUCUCCUUUUAUUUCUAAGUUAUUCAUUCAGACACUCUGUAUUUUUCUGCUCACCCAUAGCUGCUUGGGGGAGAGCACGGCUCUAAUCUGACGGGUUGAGUGGGUAUUGUGAUUGCUCCUUCUCAACUUUUCUCCGUCUCUACCACUUCUGCUGACCAGCUUUUGGCCCCAGGACAACAGCAGCAGGGGGUGGGAGGGGGCGCAGUGGUUACGCACUCUAUGAGACUGACCAGGAAUAAAGGUUAUUGAACUGAGGAGCUGUGGCAGACACACAGAAGAGCGAAAAAACAAACCAUCUCUGUGAUUCCGGGAGCAUAGCAAGGGGCAGUCAGCUGCUGCAGCCAAUCACACCACCUUCGGCGAUGGUGUCAGGUUUGGACAAAUCUUAUGUGCCGUGGUUGUGACAGAAAGUACAGGACCACAAGAUAAGAGGUCAGUCCUUUGUUGUCAAAGAACCAGUUGUCCUGACUCAAGAGGAGCGCCACACAAGCCAUUGCUCAGGAAAGCAGCUGGGCAUCGUUGCCCCAACUGGCAACGACCUCAGCAAAGCUAAAAAAAAAAGAUGCUUGGACAUCACUUCUAUGGGAAAUAUUUGUGACCUGACAUUGUUGUCGGUGAAAACCAGACCUUCACUUGCACUGUAAAGGAGCAGAGGUGUAAUAGGAGCUGACAUUGUCAGACCCCUGUCACAUUUGUGUAAUUAUCAGUCAGGGUCACCCAGAAGAAAACAGGAUUCCGUUUGUGGAUUUACUGUCAGUCUGCUGUGGAUGAUUUUUCCCGUGGAUAUCUGACAGUUCCAAACACCCACAUCCCAAUGCGUGCAUCUUACAUAUAUAUACACAUAUAUACCAAAAGCACUUUGGCACACAUUUAUUUACACAUUAUCAACACCCACUUAAAUCCACACACAUACUAGCACAGUAAGUAUAAACCACUCCACAACACACACAGUCACACUUUCCCAGUGAAAGCCUGUCAGUUUAUCUAUUUCCCUGCGGGCAGAAAAGAAUGGAGGUUGCAUGGGCAGGUGGGGGGCUGUAGGAGUUCAACAUCCCUGUCCCCCUGCUCUGUCCUCAUUCCCCAGAUGGAUGUUACUAUCUCUAAAAAUGUGUUACUUAGAAACUGCUGAAGGCUUGCUGCUGCCAUUCUCUGAAAGAAAGAGUCACCAGGUCCACGCCACGGUGCACAGUUGGAACCGCAGCUAAAACACGGACCAUUACGGAUCUUCUCUGCUUUAUAUUUUUUCUUCAUCAUUCUCAUCUGCCCCUUUUUCACCGCCAUCAUUUUUUCAAACGGGUCUUUGGGCACCCCUCGUCGCCCUCCUCGCCCCGUCAUCUCCUCCAACCUGGAGGGGAGGGGGUCAUUGGAGUGGAGCAUGAGCGGGUGCCACUAUCCCUCACCACCACCGGAGCGGGAACGCAGGUACCAGCACAAGGUGUCAUUGGUGGUGCGCUACUUCAUGAUCCCCUGCAACAUCUGCUUGAUCCUGCUGGCCACAUCUACGCUGGGGUUUGCCGUCCUCCUGUUUCUCAACAACUACAAACCUCCUCACUUCACACCAGCCCAGCCUCCUGAUGCCUGUCGAGGAAUGCUGUGUGGUUUUGGCGCUGUAUGUGAGAGUGAUCCAACCAGCCGGGCCAAGGCUGAGUGUGUUUGCAGGAAAAUGGAUUGUCCAUCCUUGGUGGCACCUGUUUGUGGCUCAGAUUCAUCCACUUACUCCAACGAGUGUGAACUGGAGAAAGCUCAGUGCCACACACAGCGACGCAUCAAGGUGCUGCGCAAGGGACCCUGCUCUCUGAAAGAUCCGUGCACCGACGUGAUCUGUAGCUAUGGCAGCACCUGCGUCCAGUCGUCAGACGGCCUGUCGGCUAAAUGCAUGUGUCCUCUUGGCUGUGACGGCAAGCCUGAGGAGACAGUGUGUGGCACUGAUGGGAAAGACUACUACAACGAGUGUGAGCUCCAUCAGCACGCCUGCAAGAACCAGAAGAACAUACGUGUGCAAUACCAAGGGCACUGUGACCCAUGUAAAGGCAGCGAGAACAGUCUGAACACCAUGUGCCGAGUGAAGUCUCUCACCCGCCAGCCUCUGUUGCUUGCCCUUCCGGAGUCGUGCCCCCCAGAAAGUGAGCCUCUGUGUGCCAGUGACGGUCAAACCUACGCCAGCGAGUGUGCCAUGAUAGCAAGGGGCUUACAGAAAGACACCCAGCUCAGGAAGGUCCACAAAGGACGGUGCAGAAGGCUGGAGGAGUGUAAGGAGGAGUGUCUCUUCAACGCAGUGUGUCUGGUGGAGCAGCUGAGCGCCCGCUGCUCCUGCGAUCCCAUACAUUGUGACGGCACCUACAAACCCAUAUGCGGCAAGGACAGCCACACCUACACCAACGACUGCAUGCGGCGCAAGGCCGAGUGUGUGAGGAGGAGUCUCAUCCCCAUCAGGCACACAGGGCCCUGUGAUCUCAAUGUACCGAGCCCAUGCUUGGACAAGGUGUGCGAACACGGGGCGAUGUGCGUGGUCAAGAACAAUGAGCCAGUGUGCGAGUGCCCAGAAGCUUGCCCGCAAACACACGACCCGGUGUGCGGAAUCGAUGGCCAUAGCUACGGCAGCCCAUGUGAGAUGCGAGCGAUGGGCUGUGCCCUUCAGAAGGACAUCCGCAUGCAGCACAAAGGACCCUGCAAUGCUUCUUGUGCCAACUGCUCUUUUGGGGCAAUUUGCGAUUUCCAGAGUGGGCAGUGUGUGUGUUCAUCAGAGUGUGUGGAGUCCCAUCAGCCCGUGUGUGGCAGUGACGGCAUCACCUACAACAGCGAGUGUGAGCUGCACGUGCGGGCGUGCAAAGAACAGAUGGACCUGCAAGUGGUCAGCCAAGGAGAGUGCAAAACAUGUGGCAGCACUGUUUGUGCCUGGGGUGCCCGCUGUGUUCAGACUAAGUGUGAGUGCCCACAGUGCUUAGGUGAGGCCUUCUCACCUGUGUGCGGCACUGAUGGCACCACCUACGACAACAAGUGUGAACUCCAGUUGUCGUCCUGCAUGCAGAAGAAGAGAGUUGAUGUGGCAAAGCCUGGCAGCUGUGACGAAGACUGCGGCUCAGGAGGUUCAGGCUCAGGCGUGGAGAGCUGUGAGCAGGAUCGCUGUCGCGUGUUUGGAGGCUCAUGGGAUGAGGAUGCAGAGGAGGACCGUUGCGUCUGUGACUUUACUUGCCAAAGUGUGCCUGACAAGCUGGUGUGUGGCUCAGAUGGGAGGAACUACAGCAACGAGUGUGAGCUGAAGAAGGCCAGAUGUGAGAAACAAGAGCACUUGUUGAUUCAGAAUCAGGGACCAUGUGCAGUGAUUGCCGGCACUUCUCUGCCUGAGCUGACAGUGCCCCAGCACUGCAGUCUGUCUGUGUACGGCUGUUGCUCCGACAACAUGACGGCUGCCUUAGGAGUGGGUCUGGCUGGAUGUCCCAGUACCUGUCAGUGUAACGUCUAUGGUUCCUACAAGGGAACUUGUGACCCAGCCACUGGUCAGUGCUCCUGUAAGCCAGGUGUUGGGGGACAGAAGUGUGACCGCUGUGAGCCAGGCUUCUGGAACUUCAGAGGCAUCGUGACGGAGAACAUGAGCGGCUGCACUCCAUGUAACUGUGACGCCACAGGCUCAGUCCGGGACGACUGUGAGCAGAUGUCGGGUCUGUGUUCCUGCAAGACGGGAGUGAAAGGCAUGAAGUGCAACGUAUGUCCAGAUGGAAGCAAGAUGGGCAUGAACGGCUGCGACAAAGGUCCUGAGGCUCCGACGUCAUGUGAAGAGUUAGCGUGCAGUUUUGGUGCUUCUUGCAUUGAGGUUAACGGCCAAGCUCAUUGCGAGUGCCCCUCACCUGACUGUGAUGAGAGAAACAAAACAAAGGUGUGUGGCUCAGAUGGGGUGACCUACGCCGACCAGUGCCAGCUGAGGACCAUAGCCUGCAGGCAAGACAAGGACAUCACAGUGCAACAUUUUGGACAGUGCACAGAAACCAUCUCUGAACUGGCAGAGCGACCCACCCUCAAUCCCCUCACCACCAUCCCCAGCUCAGCCGCUGCCGCUUCCAUCACCACCACAGCACCCUUUCACCCUAACAUGGUGUGGGCCAUCCCGCCUCCAAGGACAGAGAUCAACGAGCGGCCCACGGCCACCACCCCCUUAUCCACUCCCACCCACAACCGUGUGCGAACAACCCACCACGCCCCAAUCCACAUCCAGCCGCCGCAGUCAACUGCUGCCACCACUGCCUCCUUGCGCAGUAGCCCCGCCCCCUCCGCUGCAGUGAUCUCUUUCGAAGGCUCAGGCAGUGGGGACCCAAGUGGAGAUGACCAACCUGAAGAAGAGGAUGAGCAGGAAGAGGAAGCGGGUAGCGGCAUUCCAACAGAGGCCAGUGGGGCAGAGGAACCUGUCGGUCCUACAGUGUCAAGCACUACUGUCCCCAAAGCUGAAGACAGGUCAUCCUGUGACAACACGGACUUUGGCUGCUGUCCUGAUGGCAAGACACCAUCCAGCACUCCAGAGGGCACCAACUGCCCCUCCACCAUGAGGUUCAACGGUUUCCUACACUUGGACCGUGUGGAGGGCCAGGAGAUUUUCUACACCCCGGAGAUGGAUGACCCCAAGUCAGAGCUGUUUGGAGAGACAGCCCGCAGCAUAGAGAGUGCUCUCAAUGAGUUGUUCAGGAAAUCAGAGGUGCACAAAGACUUUAUGACUGUCCGUGUCCGUAACCUGGCACCCAGCAGAUCCAUCCUGGCCUUUGUGGAGACUCACUUCAGACCGGAUACAAGAUACACAGUGGAGGACAUCGAAGGAGCCUUGCUGAAACAGCUGAAGGCCUCCAGAGAGAGCAGCAUCGCCGUAAAGAAGCCGGAGGAUGAGAAUAUUCACUUCACCAAUUAUGGCCUCUCCUCCGUCCCCUUCUUCACCAUCACUACCACCACCACCACAGCAGUCGUCACCACAGCUGCUCCCACUACCACCACCACCACCACAACAACCACCAGGCUGCCACCAACCUCCCCUUACUUCACCCGCCGCCCGCCUGGCACCACCCGCAGGCCCUUCAAUACCAGACGCACCACCACAACCUCAGCGCCCGUCACCACACCACUCCCCACCACGGUGGCUGUAACCACAACGGCGCUGCCUCCAGUCACCACCAUCGCCCACUUCAGGGGCAAGUUUCAUCACAAAGCGCCAAAGCCAUGCGACUCCCACCCCUGCCUGCACGGGGGCACCUGUGAGGAUGACGGCAAUGACUUCAUCUGCAAGUGUCCUGCCGGGCGAGGAGGCUCAGUGUGUGAGAAGGUAAUCAAGUACUUCAUCCCGUCAUUCGGCGGACAGUCGUACUUGGCCUUCCAGACCAUGAGUGCCUACCACACAGUGCGCAUCGCCAUGGAGUUCAGAGCAUCAGAGGCGACUGGCAUCCUGCUCUACAAUGGCCAGGGCGGCAAGAAGGACUUCAUCUCUCUGGCUCUGGUCAAUGGCAGAGUGGAGCUCAAGUUCAACACAGGUUCUGGCACAGGAACUGUGGUCAGCAAAGUACAAAUCAGUCAGGGCCGCUGGCACCAGCUGGUGGUAACUCGCAAUCGCAGAAACGCCAUGCUCAGCGUUGACAACGAGCCACACAUCGAGGGCCAGAGCCCACAUGGCACAGAGGGCCUUAACCUGGACACCCACCUAUUCAUUGGAGGAGUGCCCGGGGAAAUGAAGCAGGAUGUAAGAGAAAGGACAGCGGUGGCCACAGGUUUGGUGGGCUGCAUCCGAUUGCUGGAUGUCAACAACCGAGUGCUCAACUUGCAAGAGAAUGGUGAUCACAGUCUGUACGGCAGUGGUGUGGGCGAAUGUGGCAACAACCCCUGUCUGCCAAAUCCCUGUAAGAACGGUGCUGCAUGCCAGGUGAAGGAGGCUGAGAUGUUCCACUGCAAGUGCAGCAAAGGAUUCUGGGGUCCAACUUGUGCUGAUGUCCAAGACCCAUGCGAGCCAAACCGGUGCCAUCCAUCCUCCCAGUGCCAGGCGCUGCCAGAGGGAGGCUAUAAAUGCGAGUGUCCCAUGGGGCGUGAAGGAAGGCACUGUGAAAAAGUGGCUGAGAGAAGAGGAGCUUACAUGCCACAGUUCAAUGGAGACUCAUACCUGGAGCUAAAAGGGCUCCAUCUCUACGGGCAUGAUCUGCGUCAAAAGGUCAGCAUGACAGUGGUUCUAAUGGCCAAUGACUCCAAUGGUGUGAUCUUCUACAACGGCCAAAAAUCGGAUGGAAAAGGAGAUUUCAUCUCUCUGUCUCUCAACAAUGGGAUCCUGGAGUUCCGCUAUGACCUGGGCAAGGGCCCCGCUAUCAUCAGGAGUAAAGAAGCAAUUAGACUGAAUGUGUGGAACACCAUCAACCUGGAGCGCUCCAACCGCAAAGGAGAGAUCAUGGUGAACAAGAAGGACCCUGUCCGAGGAGAGGCACCGAAAUCACGUAAGAACCUGCAUGUAGAUCUUAACCUGAAAGAGUCACUAUUCGUUGGUGGAGCACCUGAUUACAGCCGACUGGCACGGGCCGCUGCUCUCACGGAUGGAUUCAAGGGAACAAUCCAAAAGAUCAUACUUAUGGGAACGCCCAUUCUCAGAGAGGAGAACGCCCUGCACGCCAGCAACAUAGCCAUGUUCCAGGACCACCCAUGCUCUCAGGAGCCCUGCCACAACGGUGGGCUCUGCAGUCCCCAGCUGGACACCUAUGAGUGUGUUUGUCUCAAUGGAUUCUCAGGGGGACACUGUCAGAACACCAUCUACGAGAAGUCUGCCGGAGAGACGGAGGCCAUCGCCUUUGACGGACGGACAUUCAUAGAGUAUCACAAUGCUGUUACAAAGAGCCAACUGACCAAUGAGAUCCCAGAUCCCGAGUCUCUGGAGAACCCAUCUGACCAGAGUGAGAAAGCUCUGCUGGUUAACAAGUUUGAGCUGAGCAUCCGGACAGAGGCAACCCAGGGCCUGGUGCUGUGGAGCGGGAAGGGUGUGGAGCGGUCAGACUACAUCGCCCUGGCCAUCGUGGACGGACACAUCCAGAUGACAUAUGACUUGGGCUCCAAGCCUGUGGUGCUGCGCUCCUCGGUGCGCGUCGACACCAAUCGCUGGAUUCGCAUCAAGGCCAGCAGAGCACUCAGAGACGGCUCUCUACAGGUCGGCAAUGAGGCAGCAGUAACAGGGUCAUCGCCUUUGGCAGCAACACAGCUGGACACGGAUGGAGCACUGUGGUUGGGUGGUCUGGAGGAGCUAGCAGUGGCCCGUCGGUUGCCUAAGGCCUACAGCACCGGCUUUGUUGGCUGCAUCAAAGACGUGGUGGUGGACGGCGUGGAGCUCCACCUGGUGGAGGACGCCUUAAACAGCCCCCAAAUACUACACUGUUCUGCCGCCAAAUAACCCAGCAGAGACAAAACGAUGAGAGAAAUGGGAAAAAAGAGAAAACCCUCCCGACACCCGCUCCCUCUCCCUCCAUAGCGCUCAUGUCUCCUGCUGUAAUUAUUUUCUAUUUUUGUAUACUUUUCAUUGCUUUUUAUAUGGAAAGAAAAUUAAUAUGUUGUUUUAAUUUUUGUUUUAUAUAUUUUGUUCUUUUGUUUUUAAAUCUGCUCCUCUGUUCUUCAUUUUCUUUUUCUGCGCCUGGCUCUUUUUCCUCUUUCUGUCUUUUUUUUUUUUUUUUCUUUUUCAAAAAACAGGCAUCUCUGCGAAAAGGAGAUAUUUUAUUGUCAGUUUUGUUGUUUUAAAACAAACGCCAACUUAGGAGAAACAAAAAAGCGGUGUUUCCUCGCCCAUGACUUGAACACUGGUGGACUUUGCUGGUGAUCAUUGGUUGCUGCCUUGUCUUGGUGCCAUCACUAUCGUCCACAUUCCCCAAGCAUGGCUUACACACCUAUGACCAUAUAGAUACAUUCCCCGCGAGAGCAGGAUGCAGUGUGUGCAGUAGCUGCUGUGUGCAGUUGUUCAAUGGUGCAGCCAGCUGACAUCUACCAUCAUGACUCUGUAUUCAGCCCUGGUAGCCCACUAUAUGUAAGUAAUGGGACUUUUCAAAUAUCAGUCAAGCUGCUACGGUGAGAAAGUACAGAGUCAAAACUACUCGAUCAACCCCACAGCGCCCUAAAAAAGAAAAGAAAGUUUUGAAAUAUGACUCACUAACACUGCAAGCUGACAUGGCAGAGAGAGAGAGAGUGCUGUGUUCCACAAUGACUCGCAUAUCAUUAGUCAUAAGUCAAGACAUUAAUCAUAAACAUGAAUAAAUGUUAUAAAUAUAGAAUAUAUAAAUAAUACCUGAGACUGUGAAUAUGUAAGAUGGGUUCUCAUUGGAGAACUGUGCUUCUCAUCCACUAUUGUGCGUUCUGUUUUACAAUCAGCAUAUGAAUUAUUGAUGACCACUAUAAAUGCAUGCACUUCUGCAGUGUUGGUUUGAAUCUGGGUUUUGUUAGUAAAGAUUUUUUUUUGUUCCCCAUUGUGUUCCACAAAACUAGAUAAUUAGAAAAAAGUGCCACUGUUUUGUUUUGUCUUUUUUUGCAAUGACGUAAACAGAUUCAUUUGUGUCUUAUUUCCACUCAUGUAAUUUCAAAAAAACACAGAGACGAGCAAUGUUUUAUGCUCGUUCAUUCCCUGUAGCUUUUGUUGGGUCUUUGUUUGUUAUUUUUCUUGGGAGCAGUUGGUUUUGCAGGACCUUGAAUGGUGCAUAAGGCGAAGAGUUGUUACCGUAUCUGACCUUAAGGAGAGCAAGGACUGAAGAAAAGGACAGACAAAAGGAGACAAAGGGAGAGAUGUUAUCAUUGAGAGAGUGACUGUACUACUCUUGGAAAUGUUAUGUCAGACACCAGUCAACUUAAACAAAAUGCUUAAAAAAAAACAACAACCUCCGUCUGAGGCGUUAAUUUCUUUUCAUAUUUGAACAUUCCUGGAAGAGUCUUAUAUUUUUGGCUGUUGAGAGAGAGAGACUGUGAUGUUGUUGUGACCUUUUGAAGCCAUAACAGCCACAAAAAUGGGAAAAGAUGCAUAAUCCUACACGACUUGCAAAUUAACAUAGCAACGCAUGAGUUUAUAUUACUAGUGCGAAUUCUAUAACUUUCAACUGAUGCAAAGUGGAGUCUUCUUUGCUGAACCACAAUAAGCUGUGUUGACUGACUGAAAGACACUUCUUGUUUUGAUAUGAGAACCUUGGCAAUAUUCUAAGACAAAAUCAUGCCUGUUUGUGGUUGAGUAUCAAUGGUCUUGUGCUGUUUGUUUGUUUUUUUUAAUCCUCUUUUGUUCCCUUUCUUUAAUCAUCAAGCAAACUGUUUUUGUACAGCCCUGCAGUUUCUAAGUGUAAAUUUAGCAAAAUGUGUGAUCUGUGGAGGUUUAUGUUUUUAGUAAUAUACACUGGAACCACGUCUGACUUGUCUCUUCACCUACUCAAUGAUAUACUUAAUGUACAUGGGGGAGGGAAAGCCCUAGAGCUGUAACUGUGUUGUGUGUAAUCAAGUGUCCACACCAGAGCAGGAAGCCCUUCUCUGGUGUCUCAAGACACAUUCAAGUUCCAGCACUCACUCUGUAAACCUUAGACUGGUCUUAUUUUACUGCACUGUUCAAAGUUGACCCAUUCAGGUGGUAACGCUUAAUACAGGAGAUGUUCUUGUGUAUUUGGUUGGACUCGAGAACAGUAAUGACAAUAACAGUCUAUGGUUUGGGUGGAAACUAUGAAUUGCCUUAAAAACCCGUCACCUCGACUCUGAGCAGGUGACAAAUACAUCGUCCAUGUAACUGUUUCCUUACUUUAGUCAGUGUAUUAGCCUCAUCCCCAUAAUGUCAAUGAGUAAAGCAUAAUAAUAAUAAUUAUAUUAGUAAUAAUGCUCAUAUACAAAAAAAAAAAUCCCAGGGGACCUAUGCAAACGUCCCCUUUAGCUUUUUACAGAAAUAAAUCCUCUAUUUACUGUUUUGAAUCUAUUUUCUUUUUCUUAUUUAUGUCUACAUGAGGAUGGCCCUCCAUGUCUGACCUCUGUAAACUACUGUCUCACUGCGCAAACCUUCUCAAAAGGGCAGUGCACCGAGUAAGAGUGGCAUGACCUGAACAUUACUAACUCUAUGACCUUUGUCUUGUGUUCCUACCACCAUGAAAUAAAAUGUCAACCAAAUGGA